GAAAAACUCUAGGGUGACGUCACUACACUGGGACAGGAGCUUGCUUUGCCCUUGCGUUGAGAUUUAAUGCCAUUUCAGUUUUUCGAUCAGUUAUUGUGUUUAGUUUAAAGUCGAUUUCUUCUGCGCAGCCAUGUCUCUUGCUGCAGAGGCUUUCGUCUCUCAGAUUGCAGCUGCUGAGCCAUGGCCUGAAAAAGCAACUCUGUACCAACCUCUUAAGGAGGAUCAAAUCCUGCUGUCAGAUUCUGCAUCCUCUCUAGCUGUCCAGACAUUUCUGAGGAUGUGUGGCCUGCCAGUGCAGGUGUCCUGCUGUGCCAAUGCUGAAUACAUGUCACCGUCAGGGAAGGUUCCUUUCAUCCAUGUUGGAAAUCAAGUUGUGUCAGAAUUGGGGCCAAUUGUUCAGUUCAUAAAGGCAAAGGGUCAUUCUCUGAGUGACUGGUUAGAUGAUGUCCAGAAGGCAGAGAUGAAGGCUUACAUGGAGUUGGUCAAUAACAUGCUGCUGACUGCAGAGUUGUACAUCCAGUGGUGUGAUGACUAUACUGCUACAGAGAUCUCUAGGCCCCGAUACAGCAGUCCCUAUUCUUGGCCUCUCAAUCACAUUCUGGCCUAUCAGAAGCAGUGGGAAGUACGGAGGAAGAUGAAUGCGAUUGGAUGGUCUGGAAAGAGCCUGGAGCAGGUGUAUGAAGAUGUGAGUCAGUGCUGUCAGGCCUUGUCACAGCGAUUGGGAACACAGCCCUACUUUUUCAACAAACAGCCAACUGAACUAGAUGCUCUGGUGUUUGGUCAUCUUUUUACCAUACUCACCACACAACUGACCAAUGACGAGCUUGCCGAAAAGGUUAAAUCCUACACCAACCUGCUUUCUUUCUGCCAUCGUGUUGAACAGACUUACUUUAAGGAGCACGACGGAGAGAGCCAGUCGGGGUCCUCACGUCAUUCCAAAGGCUCACUGCCCUGAGCAUCACACUUUGCCCAACAUUUCUCUGAUCUGAAGUGGUUCAUCUGGCUGAAAUGAUUGACAUCUUUACUAUCCUAUGUUGACCUUGUUGGUUCUGUUGAGGUUGAAAGAAACCAAUAAAGAAACGCUUGUGAAUAUAUAAAGUGUUCCCAACACACUUCUGAACUACUUCUUUGCCUGUUCAUAUUGUCAUAACAGGAACCUUCCUGCCACAACAGUAGAAUUAGAUUUCGUAUAAAAGAAUUAGUUGAUGUAAAUCUUUUUUCCCCACUGUGUGAUGCCUUUGUGUAUUAUGAUGUGUAAAUGGAAAGUGCCUGCAGUAUGAACAUUAAUAAACUAAAAGUUUAGACUUUU